AUGUCCUCCAUUUGUGUAGAACAAGCCCCAAAGGGUACCAAGCUCUGGCUGCUUCAUCUAGGCUACGUAGAAACAGAUGAAGGAUUCCUUCUUCAAGGAGCUGGGCUCUCAACCGCAAGCAACCCAAACCCACCAAGCCCAAGACGCCAGAUGGUGCUGAUAUCAGUGCUAAUUGACCAUCCAACCGAAGGCUUGAUUCUGUUCGAAACCGGCCCCGGCGAAGCAUACCCCGAGGUCUGGGGCCCGCCUGUCAAUGACAUCUUUGCGCGGGUUGACUACAGUCCGGACCAUGAGCUGAAGGCGGCCAUUGCAAAGACGGGCAACGAUAUCAAGGAUGUAAGGGCCGUGGUCAUGGAUCAUCUGCAUCUCGACCAUGCGGGCGGCCUGGAGCAUUUUAGUGGUACCGAUGUGCCGGUAUAUGUGCAUGAAAAGGAGCUGAAGCAUGCGUUUUAUAGUGUGGCUACAAAAACUGAUGCAGGUGUCUACCAUCCGAAGGAUCUGAAUACACAGCUCAACUGGCAGGCAUUCCAUGGGGACGUAUUUGAACUUGCUCAGGGAAUCACUCUGCGCCAUGCACCGGGACAUACCCCUGGGCUGUCUAUCCUCCAGGUGAACUUGGCUAGCAGUGGGACGUGGCUUUUCACCACCGACCAAUACCAUGUCCAUGAGAACUACCACGACUCAAUCCCCCACGGAUGGCUUGCUCGCGAUCAGAAGAAAUGGGUGAGGUCGCACCAGAUGAUCCGGACGAUUGCGAAACGCACAAACGCCAACCUGGUUUUUGGCCAUGACAAGGAAAUGUUUUUCAAGUAUAAUCAUGCACCGGACUAUUAUGAGUAG